AUGCAAGGCCUAACAAUUUAUUUGAGUGGACAAGGAAUUGCAGACGAUACCAAUCAAGUUAAAAACCUAGUUGCCUAUCUCAAAGGUAAAUUGGCAACACUAAAGAGAUAUCAAGAUAAUUUUGAUUUAGUUGUUUCAGAGCAGAAUGAUGAUUGGCAAAAUAAGAAGGAAGAAAACAACAUUGACGAAUUUACUGAACUCUAUGAAACUUUGAAAAGCUCUAACUCAAACUAUGAAUCCAAUCUCAAGAAGGAGGUAAAUACACUUCUCCACUCAAUGUAUCCCUCUGCUUUCACUCCUAACUCAACCACAACUCAAAUAACCUGUCUCAAAACUGGAAUAACACGAAAAUUCUAA